UAAUAGGAGCAUAAGGAAGUAACGCAAGCAGAAGGGUGCCAGGGUCAGUCCGGGACGUUCGGCAAACAGCGAGCUUAAGCAGUUCUGCGUUUGUGAGAAUUGUAGGAGGCGAAGAUGUCGGAGCGAAAAGUUUUAAACAAAUACUAUCCCCCUGACUUUGACCCGUCAAAGAUCCCCAAGCUCAAGCUCCCCAAAGACCGGCAGUACGUGGUGCGGUUGAUGGCCCCCUUCAACAUGAGGUGUAAGACGUGCGGAGAAUACAUCUAUAAAGGUAAGAAGUUCAACGCGCGCAAAGAGACGGUGCAGAACGAGGUUUACCUGGGGCUGCCCAUCUUCCGCUUCUACAUCAAGUGCACGCGUUGCCUGGCAGAGAUCACCUUCAAGACAGACCCAGAAAACACAGACUACACCAUGGAGCACGGAGCCACACGAAACUUCCAGGCUGAGAAGCUCUUGGAGGAGGAGGAGAAGAGAGUGCAGAAGGAGCGGGAGGACGAGGAGCUGAACAACCCAAUGAAGGUGCUGGAGAACCGAACCAAGGACUCCAAGCUGGAAAUGGAGGUACUGGAGAACCUGCAGGAGCUCAAGGACCUGAACCAGCGGCAGGCCCACGUGGACUUUGAGGCCAUGCUGCGGCAGCACCGCCUGUCCGAGGAGGAGCGACAGAAGCAGGAGCAGGAGGAGGAUGAGAGAGAGACGGCGGCAUUGGUGGAAGAAGCUAAGAAACGAAGACUACUGGAGGACUCCGAUUCGGAAGAAGAUGAUGCUGCUCCCGCCCCGCCCCAGCCUGCCCUUCGGUCCAACCCCACCGCCAUCCUGGACGAGGCCCCGAAGGCAAAGAGGAAGGUGGAAAGCUGGGAGCGGAGCGUGGGCACCCUUGGCAGCAGGCCCCAGCUGUCAGGCCUCGUCGUGGUGAAGAAAACAGACCUGGAUCGCAGCACUCCUCAAGGCCAGCGAGCACCCGCCCUGGACACUGUGAAGAACGGGAAACCUGCUGACCCUGCUCCCAGGACCUCCGGCGUCUCUUCCCUGAGCCAGCUUGGUGCAUAUUCCGACAGUGAGGACAGCAGUGGCAGCAACUGAGGUGUGUACCAAGUCAGGGGUCAUAUGUCCAGCUGCAGCCGGUAGUCAGAGCAAGGGGCCUUGACACCAACCAGAGCCAAGAUCAAACAUGAAUGUCCUCGGAGGCUGGCUGGGCCAGCUAGGGCUUCACCUGAGGGACCCGGUUUCUCUCUUGUCUCAACCACAGCCCUUUGGGGCUUCGAAAUCAGCUCAUGCUGUUUCUGGCACCAGGUUUAGGGCUGCAACAUCCCUGAAGGGAUGCAUCCUUUCUUGGACAUUCCUUGACAUGUCAGCUGUGCUUUGGGCUUGUGGGUGAGAUCACCUAUCCCCAGGUGGCUCUAUCCCUUGACAUGUCAGCUGUGCUUUGGGCUUGUGGGUGAGAUCACCUAUCCCCAGUUGGCUCUAUCCCUUCCCUCCACGAAUCUUCUGGAAGCAAUGAAAGGAACCCACAAAAAAAAAAAAAAAGAGCUUAGGAACAUUGCUGCCACCAGACAUACUUCAAGGCAAUUCAAAUUUCAGGCCACAUUAAAAUCCUAGAAUUGGGAAUUAUGUACAUACAGUAACUACAAAUGGAGUGGUGGGUAGAGAGCUGGUGACAUCCUGGCACAAGUAGAAAUACAUUUUUCAGAAGAUGGACUCUGAACUCCAGUCCAAGCUGCUGAGAAAACUCUUCUGCUGACUGUGUCUACCCAGAUUGAACACUGGGAUGCUGUGGGAGGGGCAGGAAACCAUCUACCCCCAUGGACUCUGCUAGCAGAUUUAUCACAAUGAAUCCCUUUUUGGACUUUUUAAUAUACCAAAUAAGACUUAAUCUGUUUAUUAAUAAAGUCUCAUUAAGUAAAUGUAAGGCUGGUCCCUAUACCAUUGGGUAGUAAAACUAAUUUAUUAUUAAGCUCAGUGCACCUAUGAGAAUUGCACCGAUGUGUCUGAAGAGAGGUUCUCUUUGACCAUGUCACACUUUGUUAAAAGCAGUUUUAAGGUGUGUUAACCUCCACUAAUAUCUCUUUGGUAUAUGCUGAUCUGCUGUUUUUCCACAUAAAAAUGACACUCUUUGAGCCCUGGUAAUAGGCUAAGCAUUGCUCAUGAAACAGAUGAUUUAAAACAUACCAUCACAUCUAAGUGAGUUGGAGAGUAAAAUACCAAGACUAUUUUGGUGAUUAAAUCGUAACAAAAUAA